UGUGCCUCGUGAUUUUUUUCAUGAAACAAGUGUGCCUUUGCCCAAAAAAGGUUGAAAAACACUGCUGUAUAGGGACCUCAAACACUACAUUAAGCCCACCCUUAAAGCCACAGACAUACCUAGGGGCAACAUAUGCUGCCAAUGCCAUACACAUAACCAGGGUCCCUAAACAGUCUCACCCGACAAGUCAGACAAAUACUUAUACACAACCCUAAUCCCCUCUGCAGCCAUAAACUUACAUAUGAGUCACAAAGUUUGACCAACUGGACAUCACCACACACUGCCACUCUCAUACUAGGACAUAAAAAUAUAUAGGGGACACCCCUCCAAAGGACUUAAACCUGAAACAAACCCCAAAACGUCACACACAAGCUGCCUCCAAUGAUCCCCAAAUAUUAAGGGCAACACACCUCUGAGAGCCGAUACUAGCAAAUGAACGAGACCCACAUGCUCCACAAUAUGCAAUAUCUGCCAGCAUCUGACCAAAAGGAAAGGGGGGGGGGGAAGCACACUCCAAAACUGACCAAACUCUAGCAUCCCACAAGCACACUGACAGAGCUCCCAUCUGCACACCCAUAAAGUCACUGAGCCCGACACCGGCUCCAGUGUUUAAUAAUUCACUCAUUCACUGAUUGGCUCCACGUAUCGCACUUACAACGCCACCGACUGAACCCAAAUGACGCCGCGCAUCACGUGCGCAUGACGUAACCGAAGACCAAACGCCACUUGGAACAAGCAUGCGGGGAGGGCCCUUUACUCUUGCUGCCUUGCUUUACCGGAAGUAAUGGUUUCUGUGGGGAGUGAAUUGUGUGAUGCACUCAUUGAAGCGGAGCCGAAAAGGCUGGAAUUUUUUUUCUUAUUUUUGCAUAAUAUAACAAUUGGUUUUUUUUAUCGAGGUCUUAUCUGCAAUGUUUUAUGCCUGCAGUACAGAUGUUUCCAUGGUCAUAGAAAAUGCAUGGAAAUAUUAGUGCCAGGAAUGCACUUUCAGGAGCAGGAAUGUAACUGAGCACAAUGUACACCGGUUGUUGAAGUGUGCGUGAGAGAGUACCCUGGCUUCCCCUACCUCGGUGAGAAAUUACACUCUCCCAGAAAUGGAGUCCCAGCUGCUAAGCAUCUUCGAGGAGAUGGUGAAAACUGAAAUCAUUGAGGAAGCUUUUGCUGGCAUGUUUAUGGAUACACCUGAGGAUGAAAGAACAAAGCUUAUCAGUUGCCUUGGAGCUUUUAGACAGUACUGGAGUGUCCUUCCUCAGGAAUCCCAUGAGCAAUGUGUCCAGUGGAUUGUAAAAUUCAUUCAUGGGCAGCACAGUCCAAAAAGAAUCUCUUUCCUCUAUGAUUGUUUAGCAAUGGCAGUGGAAACAGGACUUCUUCCACCAAGAAUGGUUUGUGAAUCCUUAAUAAACUCUGACUCCUUGGAAUGGGAAAGAACACAGCUGUGGAUUUUAACAUUCAAACUUAUCAGAAAAAUUAUUGGUGGUGUGGACUAUAAGGGUGUGCGUGAUCUUCUAAAAGUGAUACUGGAGAAAAUCCAAACUGUACCCGAUACUGUCAGCUCUGCAGUUGUACAGCAGCUGUUAGCUGCAAGAGAGGUAGUGGCCUACAUUCUGGAGAGAAAUGCUUGCCUACUUCCUGCAUAUCUUGCAGUCACAGAAGUACUAAAACUUUAUCCUGAAGGAAAGCUUCCACACUGGUUGCUUGGGGACCUAGUUUCAGACUUUGUGGACAGUUUUCGGCCCACGGCAAGAAUCAGUUCAAUUUGUGGGCGCUGCAGUCUACUGCCUGUGGUAAAUAACUCUGGUGCAAUCUGUAACUCCUGGAAACUGGAUCCUUUGACUUUACGCUUUCCAUUGAAAGGACUAUUGCCUUAUGAUAAGGAUUUGUUCGAGCCCCAGACUGCUCUUUUGAGAUAUGUUCUAGAGCAGCCCUACUCUCGUGACAUGGUGUGCAACAUGCUGGGUCUGAACAAGCAGACCUUGAACAUUGCUCAGCACAAGCAACGCUGCCCAGUUUUGGAGGACCAGCUGGUUGAUCUGGUGGUGUAUGCCAUGGAACGCUCUGAAACAGAGGAGAAAUUUGACGAUGGUGGAACAAGCCAGCUGCUAUGGCAGCAUCUUUCCAGCCAACUUAUUUUCUUUGUGCUCUUUCAGUUUGCCAGUUUUCCUCACAUGGUCUUGUCUCUCCAUCAAAAGCUGGCAGGCCGAGGCCUUAUUAAAGGUAGAGAUCAUCUCAUGUGGGUGCUGCUGCAGUUUAUUUCCGGAAGUAUCCAGAAGAAUGCUUUAGCUGAUUUUUUACCAGUCAUGAAGCUAUUCGACCUCUUGUACCCUGAAAAAGAAUGUAUCCCUGUGCCUGACAUCACCAAACCUCAAUCUACACACUCCUUUGCAAUGACCUGUAUCUGGAUCCAUUUGAACAGGAAGGCUCAGAAUGACAACUCCAAACUGCAGAUCCCAAUCCCUCAUUCUCUAAAACUACAUCAUGAAUUCCUACAGCAGAGUCUGAGAAACAAGAGCUUGCAGAUGACCGAUUACAAAAUAGCUUUGCUUUGCAAUGCCUAUUCUACAAAUUCAGAAUGUUUCACAUUGCCUAUGGGAGUCCUGGUGGAAACAAUUUAUGGCAAUGGAAAUGUUAAUAUACCACUUCCAGGAUCAAACUGUAUGGCUUCAGGUUCUAUAACACCACUGCCAAUGAACUUGUUGGAUUCACUAACUGUGCAUGCUAAAAUGAGCCUCAUUCAUAGCAUUGCUACCAGAGUGAUUAAAAUGGCCCAAGCAAAAUCCACUUUUGCUUUGGCUCCUGCACUUGUGGAGACGUACAGUCGCUUGUUAGUGUAUAUGGAGAUUGAAUCACUUGGCAUCAAAGGAUUUAUAAGCCAGCUUUUGCCUACAGUUUUUAAGUCACAUGCCUGGGGGAUUCUUCACACUCUGCUGGAAAUGUUCAGCUAUCGAAUGCACCACAUCCAGCCUCACUACCGUGUACAGCUUCUAAGUCACCUUCAUUCACUUGCUGGUGUUCCACAGACAAAUCAGAACCAGCUUCAUCUAUGUGUUGAGAGUACAGCGCUCAGAUUGAUCACAGCUCUUGGCAGCUCUGAAGUACAACCGCAAUUUACGCGCUUCCUCAGUGACCCCAAAACGGUGUUAUCAGCAGAGUCGGAGGAGCUUAACAGAGCUCUUAUACUUACUAUAGCGAGAGCCACACAUGUAACUGAUUUUUUUACAGGCUCUGAGUCAAUACAAGGCACGUGGUGUAAAGACAUUCUGCAAACCAUAAUCAGCUUUACUCCUCACAAUUGGGCCUUGCACACACUUAGCUGUUUUCCGGCACCACUGCAGGCUUUCUUCAAGCAAAACAAUGUGCCACAAGAAAGUCGUUUCAACCUCAAAAAGAAUGUUGAGGAAGAAUACAGAAAGUGGAAGUCAAUGACCAAUGAAAAUGACAUAAUCACACAUUUUUCCUUGCAAGGCUCCCCCCCUCUAUUCCUCUGUCUUCUUUGGAAGAUGCUUUUAGAAACAGAUCAGAUUAAUCAAAUUGGUUACAGGGUCCUGGAGAGGAUUGGGGCUAGAGCUCUUGUUGCUCAUGUCAGAACUUUUGCAGAUUUUCUAGUGUAUGAAUUUUCUACCUCAGCAGGAGGCCAACAACUCAAUAAGUGUAUUGAGAUGCUAAACGACAUGGUGUGGAAGUAUAACAUUGUGACUUUGGACAGACUAAUAUUGUGCUUGGCCAUGCGCAGCCAUGAAGGGAAUGAAGCCCAGGUGUGCUACUUCAUUAUUCAGCUGCUGCUUCUGAAACCAAAUGACUUCAGAAACCGAGUAAGCGACUUUGUGAAGGAAAAUUCCCCAGAGCACUGGCUUCAGAAUGACUGGCAUACCAAACACAUGAAUUACCAUAAGAAGUAUCCAGAAAAACUGUACUUUGAAGGCCUGGCAGAGCAGGUUAACCCACCAGUGCAGAUCCAGCCCCAGUAUCUUCCCAUCUAUUUUGGAAAUGUUUGCCUCCGAUUCUUGCCUGUGUUUGACAUAGUCAUCCACCGCUUUCUGGAGUUACUUCCUGUUUCCAAGUCGUUGGAGACUCUCCUUGAUCAUCUGGGUGGCCUGUACAAGUUCCAUGAUCGCCCUGUGACCUACUUAUACAAUACACUUCACUACUAUGAGAUGCAGCUAAGGGACCGGACAAACUUAAAACGGAAGCUUGUUCAUGCAAUAAUUGGCUCUCUUAAAGAUAACAGGCCCCAGGGGUGGUGUUUGAGCGACACAUACCUAAAGUUUGGCAUGAAUCCUAGAGACGAUAACCCUUGGAUCCCUGAUGAUACUUAUUAUUGCAAGCUGAUUGGCCGACUGGUUGACACUAUGGCUGGAAAAUCUCCUGGGCCGUUCCCUAAUUGUGACUGGAGGUUCAAUGAGUUUCCCAAUCCAGCUGCGCAUGCUCUUCAUGUUACCUGUGUGGAAUUAAUGGCAUUAGCUGUUCCAGGCAAAGAAGUUGGCAAUGCUCUUCUUAAUGUUGUCCUAAAAAGCCAGCCACUUGUGCCAAGAGAGAAUAUCACAGCUUGGAUGAAUGCAAUCGGACUCAUCAUUACUGCUCUACCAGAACCUUACUGGAUAGUUUUACAUGACCGAAUUGUUAGCAUCCUUAACAGCCCUAGCUUGACAUCAGAGACAGAAUGGGUUGGUUAUCCUUUCCAGCUUUUUGAUUUUACAGCUUGUCACAAGGCUUACUCUGAAAUGAGCUGUAGUUACACUCUUGCUUUGGCCCAUGCAGUGUGGCAUCAUUCAAGCAUCGGACAACUGUCACUCAUCCCAAAAUUUCUUCCUGAAGUGCUUAUGCCUAUUGUAAAAACGGAGUACCAGCUACUUUAUGUAUAUCACCUUGUUGGUCCCUUUCUGCAGCGCUUCCAGCAAGAACGCACAAGAUGCAUGAUUGAGAUUGGAGUAGCAUUCUAUGAAAUGCUAUUGAAUGUGGAUCAGUGCAGUGCUCACCUGAACUUCAUGGAUCCAAUCUGUGAUUUCCUGUACCAUAUGAAGUAUAUGUUUACUGGGGACAGUAUAAAGGACCAGGUAGAAAAGAUAAUCUGUAAUCUAAGACCUGCUUUAAAGCUCCGACUACGCCACAUAACUCACAUUAGCACAGAGUCAGCCGCUCCACCUCCACCACCCAUGAAUAGUGGCUCUCCAGCUCCACAGCCGAGCCAGGUGCCAGUGAGCGUUCCUCUGACAGUUACUCAGUGAAAACAUUGAAUGCAGACUUCUAAUUGUCCAGUGAACAGACCACACUUUUGAAUAGAUUGAACUCUACCUUCUGGAUGGUUAUACAUUUUUUGUAAACUAGAUGAAUCCGCAAUUUUUUUAUCCUUCUCAGACUGGAUUAUUUUUACAUUUCCGCUGAAUGUAUAUGGAUAAGCGAAUCGGUGUCUGAAUACUUGAGAGAGCAACAUCUAAUGGGAAUACAUAUAUUAUUUAAUUGCAAAAAUAGGAGCAUUUGUGUGUUGUCAUUGAAUAUGGCAUGGCUUGAAAAGUGCAAAGGAGACAAGCACCAUCUUGGCAUGGAACAGUGUUUAAAAGUUGUCCUUCACUCUCUUUCUGUAAAACUUUGACAACUAUGUUGUUUGUCCUCCUUCCAGGGGAGGAAAGUUUAGCAUGACUUGGCAGUUUUUUUUUUUUACAAAGCAGAUUCUAUAACAAAGCUUUUGAAAAUCCUCGCAUUUUCUCUCUUUUGUACAUGGUUGAUCUCUUCUUAUGAUCUAAAUGUUUGCAUAUGAUGGCUGUACCAUUAGUGAACAUUUUUUUUUUUCUAAUAAAACAGGCAAAAAUGUUGA